ACCAGACUUAGAACAAGCUUGGCUUCUAGCUUCCUUAAUUUUAGCCCAAAUUAUUCACAAUAAGCGUAUGUCAUCCGAGCGUUUAUUGUUUGGAAAAUACGCUGGCAAAAGAAGGCUUAGCAAUAAUAGUUACGAAGAUGGGUUUCCAAGCUUAUAUGGAAAGGUGAAUUGGGGAUUCCACCCUUUAGGAAGAAAUACUGUGCAGAGUUUGUUUAACCACUUUGCUGCGUUAGGGGACAUCCAAAUGUUUGCCAUGUUAUCUUGUGUAUUUCGAGAGCCAUUUCCUCCACAAAAGAAGUUUGUACGGUCGCAUGAACUUCAUUCUAUUACCCCGGAUUCAUUAAACCCUGCUAUGUUGCCACACAAUGCAGACUAUUUUAAUAAUUACCCACGAUACAUUGAAAAUUAUCCAGCAACCACUUUUGUUCGUAAUCCUUACCAAUAUGGUUACCAGACAAUAUCUACAACAUUUGGACAAAUAUUUAGCGAAUCUAAUUCUUCAAAAGGUUCGUGGGGCGUAAUGAACAAUCAGAUUGAUUCAAGCAGCAAUAUAACUAUAUCUGCGACUCCUCCCACGCCAUCGACCUUCGCUUAUGGAAAUUCUGAUGAAUCUGGUGGUCCGAUAAUGGUACCUUCGUCCAGUCAUUCUAUACACCACCAAAGAAGAUCUACAUUCGGUGGAACGUCAAAAGAAUCAAAUAUGUUUUCCUCAAGUGUUAGCACUACCGCAUCAUCACCACGAAUGCUACGUAAAAGUAGUCCUGCUACUAAUGGGUCUGUUUAUCGAUUAGAUAAUUUUGGAUUGAGUGUGAUUGGAUAUUAUGGGGACAAGCUUAUGGACAGUGAAAGAAAAAUAGAAAAAAAGAAUUCAGGAGUGAGCUUGAUCAUGAAUUGCGAUGAAUUUGAUGACGAAAGAAAUCCAAAAACUAUUACAUUGCUAGAUGACGAUAGGUCAACGACUGCAUUACAUGACCAAUAUCGUUUAGCAUAUGCUGAAAUAUUAUAUCAUUGGGGUCUUUAUGAAGCACGCGCUGAGCUUUUGAAGUUUAUGAGUUUUGUCAAAACCACAAUAGGAAGCCCUCUUGGUGAGCAACAACAACCUUUAGAGAUUGGAAUACACUGCCACCAAUGCGGGGCUGAAAUAAAGGCAGGUUCAAAGUGUGGAAACUGUCAGCGUAAAAGGAUUGGCAUAAAAUGUUCGAUUUGUCAUCGAUUUGUCAGAGGAUUGACAAAUUUUUGUAUUAUGUGUAAGCAUGGAGGGCAUACAGCUCAUUUACGUGAAUGGUUUAAGUCAGAAGAUGAUGAAUGUCCUACUGGAUGUGGAUGUCGUU